UGUAUCGUUACCAUAAUAACAUAAAAAUGGAGGAACUUAAAAAGGUUGGAUUGUUUAUAGAUGACAUCUACAGACUAAGAUUUGAAAAUCCGCGCCUUGUCCGAGAAAAAAAAAAGUUUAAACAAGAAUUCUUUCAAUACUCUAACAAUUUAAACUUUUUUAAGAAAUUAGCUCUUGAUAUUCGGAAAAUAUAUGCAACUUUCACAAAAGACCUCGAUAAUGAAAAACUACUCUCUAUUGGCACUCAAAAUCAAUUAAAGACCAUUUCUAAUCGGCGCCAGAGUGAGCAGCAAGUCUACGAAUACGAGAUUUUGGAGCAAACUGUGGAAUUAGAACGUUUGAAGAACGAACUCCAGUAUUUGCAACGAAUCGAAACGUCCCAAAAUGAAAUAAUAAACCAUUUUUGUGUGAAUCAUUAUUAAAA